GCUUGGUAUAAAGGUCGAGCAACAAGUGCAGCAUAACUCAAACUACGUUAAACCUUUGACCUCCGAGCAUAUAUUGAGCAGUAUUCACAGAAAAUCGCAAUGCGUUUGUUCACAAUACUCUUCUGUAUUAUAACCACAUCAUGGGCCAAUCCAAUACUGAAGCUAUUCCACGAAAAAUCGAAGGAAAUCACCUUAGAAGCAAAAGCUUGCUGUGGGCAAGGCGGUGCAAUCAUACACGGUUCAAUUGGUGCAGCCCAAGUGCCUGCCAUCUCCAUACAUACAAAUUUGGGAGGUUUGUCGGCGACUGGUAAUCUCUAUAAUACUCAAGCGCAUUCAUCGGGAGUGCACAGUGGUCAUUUGGUGCAUGCGGCAGGUGGUAAUAGUGCAAGUGCCUAUAACCAUUUUGAGACUAACGAGCGUCCGAUCCUAAAUUAUGGCAGUGGGAACGUACAUGUUCAUAAUGUCGCUGUUGCUGGAGCUGGUGCUGGUGCUCACACCUCAGCUUCGUUGUUAGAGAAUACAGGAAAUCCGAAUUUGGCUAUAAUGCAGGGCGGCGGGGCAUCAUUCGGAGCAGGCAGCAGUGGGAAUGUACAACUUCAUAAUGUCGCUGUUGGUGGAGCUGGAGCUGGUGCUCACACCUCAGCGUCGUUGUUAGAGAAUGCAGGAAAUCCGAGUUUGGCUAUAAUGCAGGGCGGCGGGGCAUCAUUCGGAGCAGCCCAUGGUCAGAGUGCAAGUGGCUGGAAUGUUAAUGGCGGUCACAAUAAUUAUGGUGGUGGUGAAACAUUUGGUAACUCAGCUGCCGCAGCUGCAGCAGCAACUUCCGCUGCAUCAUCGUGGAAUCAACAAAAUGGAGGUCACCAAAAUACGGGUAACGGUGCCUUUUCCCACUCCACUUCUAGCUCAUGGAGCUCUUCACAUUCUGGUACUGCUAAGUAAUGAUUGCUUUCCAAGUUUUGUGACGCACAUACAUACCUAC